UUUGGAGUUUGAGGCAGCGACAUGAUUUAAACGGUGAAUGGUGUAGAACAAACAUAACAUAAAACCGCGUUGGCGCGAAGAGAUGAUGAGGCCAAAGAUAGUGCUGUUUGGAGAUUCCAUAACGGAGCAAUCGAUCCAUGAGAAUGGAUGGGGUGUUUCGCUUGCCAAGGCCUAUUCUCGCAAGGCUGAUGUUCUUGUUCGUGGUUAUGGCGGAUACAACACUAGGUGGGCUAUGUUCUUACUGCAUCACCUCUUCCCUAUGGACUCUACUUCAGCACCUAUUGCUACCACGAUUUUCUUCGGUGCUAAUGAUGCAGCUUUGUUGGAAAGAACCAGUGAAAGACAACAUGUACCUAUUGAAGAAUUCAAAGAGAACCUCAGAAAAUUUGUUCGACAUUUAAAGGAAUGCUCACCAACUAUGCAAAUUGUGAUUAUUACUCCACCUCCAAUUAGUGAGGAAGGACGCCUAGCAUAUGCAAUAUCCGUAUAUGGCACGAAUGCUAGCAAAUUGCCUGAAAGAACAAAUGAAGUAACUGGUCAAUAUGCAAACGCAUGUGUUGAGAUAGCAAAGGAAAUGGGCGUGUGGCAUAUCAAUCUAUGGUCGAAAAUGCAAGAAACAGAUGGCUGGCAAACGAAAUUUUUGCGUGAUGGGUUGCACCUGACAACAGAAGGAAAUGCAGUAGCCUAUGGAGAAGUGAUAAAGGUGUUCAAGGAAGCAGGGCUUUCUGCUGAUGAAAUGCCACUUGAUUUCCCACACCACUCAAAAAUUGAUUACAAACAUCCUGAGAGAGCUUUCCAGCAGAAUGUUUGUGAUAUCGCGUUGUGAUGUGGCUCUGGUCUAGUCUUUCAAUUUUAUGCCCUGUUCUAUUCUUCCAGCACUACAUUUGAGUUUAGUGCUUCAAUGAUUCCAUGGUGAACAAUAUUUUUCCUGACUUUUUGUGAUUCAUGUAGUUGAUGUCAUAUAAUGAGAAAACUAUUGUUGUGGUGCUUUAAUGAAACUAUUGCUGUUGUGACAAACUCACCUUGUGUGAUGUUUAUUUACACCAUCAAGAAGCACGCAAACAUUUAUCUUUUGAUUUGGUAUUUCA